AUCAAUUGGGGAAUUAGGAAGUCUAGUUCUGUUGAAUCCAAAAGGUUGCGAAAAUCUUAGGAAGCUUCCAUCUAAAAUUGGCCAGCUAAAAUCCCUUGAAAAACUCAAUCUCUCGCAUUGUUUAAAGCUCGAGAAGUUGCCUACAGAGCUAAGCAAGAUGGAAUCUUUGAAAAUGCUCCAUGCAGACCGGGUUGCCAUAAGUCAAUCACCCUCCAUGACUACGGUGGUAAGAUCAUGGCCUUCAUACUUCCGGAAUUGGCUAUUGGGAACAAGAAGUCCAGAAUCGAUCAGCUUUUCAUUGUGUUCUUUACCACGCUCAUUAUCAAGCUUGAGUCUAGCUGGGUGCAACCUAUCAGAUGAUGCUAUUCCAAAUGAUCUUGGCAGCCUAUCCCUGCUGCAGUACUAGGAUCUAAGUGAAAAUCCAAUUUGUAGCCUUCCAGAGAGCAUCAAAUGUCUCACUAUGCUCAAGGAACUCAAUUUAAAGAACUGCAAAGCACUCCAGUUACUUCCGGAGCUUCCAAUGCGUUCAGUGAGUUUGGAAUUAUCCAAAUGCAGGUCAUUGGAAAUGAUAAUAAAUCUACCAAACCUGUUGAAGUCACUGGCUUUGGUGACGGAUGAGUGUGACAAACUAACCGAGGUUCAGAGAUUGUUCAAGUUAGAACCCAUUGGAAACUUUGAUGAAGUGAUGAUCAGAAAUUUGGGCUUGUCCGACUUGGAAUUCCUGAGAAGUAUUGAAGUGUACUUGUUCAAUAACAUGACGAGAACUAUAAGAAAAGUUCCCAUUCAGGGACUCUGUGAAUUCGGUAUAUUUAGCACUUUUCUCCCUGGUAGUGAAGUUCCAGGCUGGUUCAGUAUAAAGAGCUUGGGAUCUUCAAUAUGUUUUAAGGUACCUUCAUUUCCUAAUUUCAAGUUCCAACGCUCGAAUGUAUGUGUUGUCUAUGCACUUUCCAAUAGAGAUUAUGAUGAUUCUCAUGAUCCCAUAACUGAGUGUUGGAAUGAGUUUCACAUUAAAGUGAGUAAUAGGACAAAGGAUCUGAAGUGGACAUAUAGCCCAACAUUCUUAGGUGUUCCGGAUGAAGGCGAAGACAUGGUAUGGUUAAGCCAUUGGAAUUUUGGAAAUGUAUUGGAAGCUGGCGAUGAAGUGGAUGUUUCAGUGUUUGUGGAUCGGUUUUUGUGGCAUUGUUUCAAGCCAAAGAAGUUUGGGAUCCAUGUUGUGUUUGGAGAAGAAGAGAAGGGUACCUAUCCUUCUUGUCAAAAUGUUAAUAACAGAGUUUUGUAUCAGGCGAAGACAGGUUGGUAUCAUUUAUUAUUUGGUGACUCUGAAGGCGUGGCACCUCUACCUCCAAUGAACGGCAAUAGCGAUUGCAGAGGAUGA